UUCCUUCUCCUCCUGCUUCAAGGAUCUGAGUGGUGCCGGGCGUUGUAUUCCUUGUGAAGUUGUAGUAGGCAGGAUGGGGAGCUUGUUACAGUUCAUAAGGCUGGUGGGGCAACUGAAGAGAGUACCACGGACAGGCUGGGUAUAUAGAAAAGUAGCAAAUCCAGAGAGUGUCUCAGAUCAUAUGUACAGGAUGGCAGUCAUGGCUUUGGUAACUGAAGAUAAAGAACUUAAUAAAGAUAGAUGUAUACGACUCGCUCUGGUUCAUGAUAUGGCUGAGUGCAUUGUUGGUGACAUUGCUCCUGCUGAUAACAUUACCAAAGAGGAGAAACAUAGACGAGAAAAGGAGGCUAUGAAACAUUUGACCCAGCUGCUGUCGGAAGACGUAAAAAAAGAAAUUUAUGAACUUUGGGAGGAAUAUGAAUACCAGGCUAGUGCUGAAGCAAGAUUUGUGAAAGAGCUGGACCAAUGUGAGAUGAUACUUCAAGCUUUUGAGUAUGAAGAGUUAGAAAAAAACCCUGGAAGACUACAGGAAUUUUAUGACUCAACUGCAGUAAAGAAACGGAAGCUUGGAGCCAGAAUCCUCGAACAAAGGAAAACAGUUUAUUAGUAACAAAAGUACUUUUGCUGUGGCACUGAAUGCUCAUUACAAAAGGGAGCAAUCCACCAAGUCACAGUGAAUCAAGUGAAGCCUGUGGAACAGCUGUGGUUGGUAGACUAAGGACAAAGGAUAUGUCUAAA